AGAUACAUCUGGCGAGUUAUCGAUUACGAUUGUCAAUUCUAGUUUGUUCUGGUGCCAUUUUCGUUACAUUAUUGCUCAAUGAAAAAAAGUGAAUUUCGUGUUAUAAUUGAUAAAGCAUUUUCUCCAGAUGGAUUAAAUCACCGUUGAUACAAAGCAUUGGUUAAUAACGAAUAUGUCAAAACAAGAAAAAGUAAGGACGGGAACAGCAGAUGGUUGGUUUGAGGGAUGGUUCGGACGCCAAAAAAUAAAAAACACCAGUAAUGCAACCAUUCCCAUCAAAUUAAAUACACUUGAUAAUAAUGUCAGCAUUGACCGUCAAGCACUGGAAAAUGAAACUUUAAAUGACAGUGAAAUAGACAUGAAGUUUUUAGAAAUUCUGGAAGAUAUGAAUAUUCCUAAAGAUAAACGUGAACCGCUUUUAAAGAAAACUCCUGCUGAAAAGCGGAAAAUGGUAUUUAUGCAUCUAAAAGGUAAAAAUUCUAACGAACAUCGCUCCAGCUCUCGAUUCGAAAAGCCAUUGGAUUAUAUUGAGUAUCUGCGUAACAAAGAACACAACGAAAAUAAAAUUUAUCAAUGCCUAGAGAGCUUGCGGGUAGCUCUUACGAGCAAUCCCAUUUCAUGGAUUAAAGAGUUCGGAGAAGAUGGCAUAAAUGAAAUAACUUUGUUGUUGAGACGCUGCUUAAAAGAACGUGGAUUUGACCGAAUCGAGUUAGAAUGCAUUCGUUGUCUGAAAGCUGUAAUGAAUAACACAUGGGGUUUAAAUUUAGUAUUAACACCUGAGUUGCACACAGUCGUAUUAUUAUUGGCACAAUCUUUGAACCCCCAAAAACCACAAACGAUGUGUGAAGCUGUAAAAUUACUGGCAUCAUUCUGUCUUGUUCCUGAACGUAACGGUUAUGAUAAAGUUCUUCGAGCUAUAACUACUGCCGCUUCCAACAAAUAUAAAACAAGUGAACGCUUUAAACCCAUCGUUGAUGCAUUAUUUAUCGACGGAAAAUGCGACCAAAAAAGAGAUUUAGCUUGUCAUAGUCUUAUUUUCAUUAAUACUUUAACAAACACACCCAGUGAUUUAAACUUUCGUUUACAUUUACGCUGUGAAAUAAUGAGAAUGGGACUUUAUGAAAGAUUUGAUUUGUUUAAAGACAUUGUUUCUAAAAGUAAUAAUGACUCUUUAAAGCAACAUUUUAAAAUUUUCAAUGAAAUAAGAGAAGAUGAUUUUGAAGAAUUCACGCAAAGGUUUGAAAAUGUUAGUUUUAACAUGGACGAUAUGGCAGAUUGUUUUGAAGUACUUAAGAAUCUUAUAACAGAUACCAGUUCGGAACCAUAUUUUUUAUCAAUACUUCAACAUUUACUAUAUAUAAGAGAUGAUUUCUAUUUUCGGCCAGCAUAUUAUCAAUUGAUUGAAGAAUGUAUUCAACAAAUAGUAUUACAUAAAGGCUAUUGUGACCCAAAUUUUGAUAAUCGUACAUUUAAUAUUGAUACAUCAUUAAUAUUAGAUGAUAUCGUUGAAAAGGUAAAAGCCAAAGAAAUAAGGCGUUUCGAAGAAUUUGAAAAAAAAAUUGAAGAAUUGGAAAUCGCGAAGCAAGAAGCUGAAGCUAAAGUUGCGCAUUUAGAAGAACAGAUGAAAUUUAGAACUAAUAAUGAUUCUAUAAAAUGUAGUGACAAUGUACUACAGUUGCGUACUUCACAAACAGAAUGUAAUAAACCGAAGACUUCAACAACGACACCAAAACCACCUCCACCACCACCACCUCCUGCGCCAUCGUUUAUGAAAGGACAACAACCACCACCACCACCACCACCUCCACCAAUACCGAACUGUCCAGCUCCACCACCACCUCCAGGUUUUGGGCCGCCGCCUCCACCCCCUCCAAAUUUCGGAUUGUUAUCGUUGCCUGGACAGUGCAAACAAUCCUCUGUUUUGGUUAAUGAACUUCCAAAUGGUUUGAAACCGAAGAAGAAAUGGGAGGUAGGAAAUCCAAUGAAACGAAUAAAUUGGAAAGUUGUAUCACCACAAAAAAUUUCGGAUAAAUCUUUUUGGCUUAAUUGUGAAGAAGAUCGUUUAGCUUCAAAGCAAUUACUUUCUGAACUCUCCGAAAAAUUUUCAUCAAAGCCAGUAAAGAAAUACCAAAAAGAUGCGGUUGAUAAAGCAAAUACCCUAGUAAAGAAGAAUAUAAGCUUACGUGUACUAGAUUCUAAAUCAGCUCAAAACUUAGCAAUAUUGCUUGGGGGACCAUUAAAACAUUUAUCAAAUGAGCAAAUUAAAAUUUGUCUUUUGCGCUGUGAUACCGAUAUAUUAUCAUCAAACAUAUUACAGAAUUUAAUUCAAUAUUUACCAUCAUCAGAUCAACUAAAACAACUGCAAGAUAUAAAAGAAAAAGGAGAACCGCUAUCACCAGUAGAACAAUUUGCUGCUACCAUUAGCGAAAUAAAAAGAUUGGUGCCUCGCCUUCAAAACCUUAAUUUUAAACUAACAUACUCUGAUAUCAUUCAAGAUAUUAAGCCUGAUAUUGUAGCUGGAACAGCGGCGUGUGAAGAAGUUCGCAACAGUAAAAAAUUUGCAAAAGUUUUAGAACUAAUUUUAUUAAUGGGGAAUUAUUUGAACUCGGGAUCAAAAAGCGAAGCUGCUUAUGGAUUUGAAAUGUCAUACCUCGCAAAACUGUGUAAUACUAAAGAUGUUGAUAACCAGCAUACUAUUUUGCAUUAUUUAGUAACAGUAAUUGAAAAUGAGUUUACGGAUAUACUACAUUUCUAUAACGAUUUAACACAUGUUGACAAAGCUUCUCGAGUGAAUUUAGACUCGAUUCAAAGAGCUAUGCGUCAAAUGACUUCUGCUCUAAAGUCACUAGAAACAGAUUUACAAAAUAAUAAAGUACCUCAAUGCGAUGAUGAUAAGUUUAAUGAAAUAAUGAGUGAAUUCUCAUAUGACUGCCGUCAGCAAGUUGAUGUGCUAGGAAAAAUGCAAGUUCAAAUGGAAAAGCUUUACAAAGAUUUGGGAGAAUACUUUUCAUUUGACCAUACCAAAUAUUCAAUGGAGGAAUUCUUUACUGAUCUUAAGGCAUUCAAGGACGCCUUUAUACUAGCACAACAAGAUAAUGUUCACCAACGCGAAGAAGAAAAUAAGAAACGGAGAAUGCAGGAUGCUCGAGAACGAUUGCUACGCGAACAGUUAGAACGGCAACAACUGAAAUUAGCACUUGUUGACAUGGAUUCUACACAAACCCAGGAAGGGGUGAUGGAUAGUUUAUUGGAAGCCUUACAAACUGGAACUGCUUUUGGAAAUCGAAACCAAAGGCAAAGGCGACCGCGACCUUCAGGCGCCGAACGACGAGCACAACUUAGUAGAAGCCGCUCUAGAACACGCAUUGGUACAAAUGCAUUUGCGACAUGCGAGAGUUUUUCACAUGACAACUUUUUACAGAAAAAUAAUCAGAUUUAAUUGCCUUUUACUUUUCUUAAUUUAUAAUAA